CCGCGUUGGAUUGACGUCAUAUCCGGUGGUGCGCAGCCCUUUACAGGAUGUGACAGUUUGCUUUUCUUCACUAUCCGCCACUUCAUGUAGCAUACUGUCAAAAAAUGCCGAAACGCUGCGUAGCGGCUGGGUGUAAUAAUUACCCAAGCGAACACAUUUCACUGUUCUCAUUCCCAAAAGAUGAAAAGCUUCGAGACCAAUGGACGCAGCAGGUUCAGAGAACCAGAGGCAGCUGGCUUCCCACUCCGUCCUCUGUUCUCUGUAGCGAGCAUUUCACUGCAGACUGCUUCGAGGAGGCGCCCGGAUUAAAGGAGUCUUUCGGUUUGGAAGUACGUUACAAACGGGUUGUUAAACCGACUGCUGUCCCUUCGGUUUUUGAGAUGUUACCCACAGCUGAAAACGACACCAGCAGAGCCAAACGGCACAGAGAAGCUCCGGUUCCCAGACACUCCCGGAAAAGAGUCUUCCACAGCAUCAUGUCGGUUAUUACUUGGGAGGUUGAUGCUGAUCACAUUCUCAUUAGCAAACAAAGGUCAAGCUCUCCUCUUGACCAGGAUUUACCAAAAGGUGUGGAAAUAAAAGAUGAACCAGAACCCCGGACGACUGAGACAGAAGACCCAGAACCUCGAGUGAUUAAAGAAGAACAGAUUGAGUUGUGCAUCUUUCAGGAUGAAGGGCAGGUUUUGGUGAAGCAAGAGACUGAAACCUCCACCUCCAUGGAGAAUCCUGCUUAUGGGGAAGCAUUUCAGGACGGACCAGAGCAGCAGCAGAUGAUGGAGACAAAGAAGGAACCAGAUCCUGUAGAGAUCAAACAGGAGCAGGAGGAGCUCUGCGGUAAUCAGGACAAAGAACAGCCAAAUGUUUUUGAGUUUUGUGGUAAUUCUUUCAUGCAGCAUAAUCACAUGAUACCUCAAGCAGAUGAGAAACCUUUCUCCUGCCUGACUUGUGGAAGAGGUUUUAACAAGCAGUACAACUUGACCGUCCACAUGAGAACUCACACAGGUGAGAAGCCAUACCCUUGUGAGCUGUGUGAUAAAUCUUUCAGGAGGAGCAAUGAUUUGGCCCGUCACAUCAGAACUCACACAGGCGAGACACCGUAUUCUUGUCAGUUUUGUGGUAAAUCCUUUAACGACAACAGUCAUCUCACCAUUCACCUGAGAACACACACUGGUGAGAAGCCCUACUCCUGUGAAGUGUGCGGUAAAUCUUUGACUGACAGCAGUCAUUUGAUCAAACACAUGAGAACUCACACGCCUGAAAAGCCUUUCCCAUGCCUGACGUGUGGAAAAGGUUUCACUGCUCAGUCUGACCUGACAGUCCACAUGAGAACCCACACCGGUGAGAAGCCCUUCACCUGUCUGGUCUGUGGUAAAGGUUUUAUCCAGAAAACUACCCUGAGUUAUCACAUGAGGACCCACACAGGUGAGAAGCCUUUUCCAUGUGACCUGUGUGAUAAAUCUUUUAUUCAAAGCAGCGAUCUGGCCCGCCACCUCCGAACCCACACAGGGGAGAAACCAUAUUCUUGUGACUUGUGUGACAAGUCUUUCAGACAGAGCAGCGAUCUGGCUCGUCAUAUUAGAACUCACACGGGAGAGAAACCAUUCUCAUGUCAGACUUGUGGAAAAGGUUUUACCAAGCAGAAUAAUCUGACUGUGCACAUGAGGAUUCAUACAGGUGAGAAGCCUUAUUCCUGUGAAGCAUGUGGUGAAUCCUUCACUGUCAAAUUUAGUUUGACUAAACACAAAUGUAAAAAUGCCAACCUGGAAGUUCUGCGACAGUAGAGCUGUUCUCUGAUUCACAAACUAGUCAGGUUUAUUGGUAUAGCACAUUUCAGCAACAAGGCACUUCAAAUUGAUUUGCAUGAUUAUAACAUAACACAUUAAACAAUUUUGAAACAUGCAGCAAACUACAUUUUGUCAAAUCCCAUCAUCAAAAUCAUCACACAUAAUAAUCCUCAAAUAUAUUAAUACAUUUACAGUUAUUGCACUGCAUAAACAGUGUAAUAACUGUUUAUGCUUGGAAAAUUUCAGGUUUUCCAUUAGUUUAGCAUUAGAAACAAGACACAAAUAAAUUUGGUGUUUCUCCAGUGUAUUGAUCAAAGACAAACAAAUGGAGUUUUAGCCUCAAUGUACAGAACGUCAGUGUUUCAGCAGUUGUGCAGUUUUUUGGAUGUUUGUUUGUUGGAGGCAAGGUUGUCACCGCCUUCAGAAAAAGACUAAAUGGCAGGAUUUAGGCCCUUUCCCUUCCUUGUAUUUGUGAAAGGAACCGGGGGAAGGGCGGUUGAAGUCAACCCUCCUCUGUUACGCCCCUGAAUCACCAAGCCAGCAGGCCGGAUGCCACUGCCUCUACUGCUGGUUUCUGAUUGGCCAAAGGGGAAAUUUUUAUAAAUCGCAUCAGAAUACACCUUUUUAACAGGUAUAUUCAUGUUUUUAUUUUGCUUGGAUUUCCCCAUCAUUUUAUUACUGAUUGCUGUAUUUUAUAUCUGGGGAUUAUUUUGUAACCUGCAUGUCAUGUAAAAUAACUUUUAAAAAUGUUAUUUCAACAAAGCUUACAGCUUGAUGUGUUGAUACAACAUGAAUGAAGUGUUAAAAUAAGGGUUUUUAUUAUUGAUUUGUUCUUCCUGAGUAUUAGAGGUGUCCUGCUUCAGAUGAUUAAAAUAUGUUGUUUGGAUGAUUAAACUAUUUACAUUCAUUCUUUUAA